GUUUAUACGUCAACAACUUCCUUCACGACACCGGAGCAGGAUUAACAGCUGCUGGGAAAGGCCUCACAAUUAUUUGAUGGACUCGUCAAGGAGGUAGAUGUGUUGUCUUUACAGAAGCUAUUGACCCCGUCUGCUUCAGGUGUGAGUCAGGAGAGAUCCUCCACCUGAGGCUGCCAUGAGUCUGUCUGGGGAGAGAGAUGAGGACAGCACUGCCUCUGAAACAGAUCCUUGUGAAGGGAGUCCCUGCAUUGAAUCUAAAAUAGUCACGCAGGAGAGAACAGGCUCCCAUGACCCAAGAAAAUUGGAGCCAUUGAGGGAAAAAAAGUCUAUGGAGGAACCAAUCUACUUCAAACAAGAACCCUUUCCAGCAGGAAGUGACCAAUGUAAGAAAUCUGAAUCAAACCAUCAAGAUGACGUAAUCGCUAUUUUCAAGUUGCUAGAACAAAACAUCAUCACUUUAGUCAGGAAACAUCUAAAGAUAUUCCAAGGGCUUCUACACGAAGAUUACCCGGAGUCUAUUGAGAGUCAAAAGAAGGAGGAAGAACCAGUUGAUGCUGAGUUUGAAAACACGGUCAGAGAUGGAGCUCUGAAGAUCACAUUGCAUGUCCUUAGGAGCAUGAACCAGAACAAGAUGGCCGACACACUGGAGAAAAAUGAACUAGUUGCUGUAUGUCAGCGUCAACUGAAAUGCAGCCUGAAGAAGAAAUAUCAGUGUGUGUUUGAGGGAAUGGCUGGCCAAGGAAACCCAACACUCCUCAACAACAUCUACACAGACCUCUUCAUCACAGAGAGUGGAAGUGGGGGGGUCAGUAAUGAACAUGAGGUCAGACAGAUUGAGACAAAAUCCAGGACACCGGCAACGGCAGAGACACCUAUCAAGUGCCAGAACCUCUUCAAACCCCUUCCUGGACAAGGAAGAUCUACCAGAAGUGUUCUGACUACGGGUAUUGCUGGCAUUGGAAAAACAAUCUCUGUGCAGAAGUUUAUCCAAGACUGGGCAGAAGGAAGAGCCAAUCAGAACAUCCAGUUCAUCUUUCCACUUCCUUUUCGAGAACUGAAUUUGGUGAGCGGUAGACAACAUAGUUUGAUGACACUUCUCCAUCUCUUUUGCGCAGAAACCAAAGAUUCAGGAAUCUCCAGUUAUGAAAAGUACAACGUCCUGUUUGUCUUAGAUGGUCUGGAUGAGUGCCGACUUCCUCUUGACUUCACAAACAACGAAAUCUGUUGCAAUGUCACAGAGACAACCUCAGUGGAUGUGCUGUUGACCAAUCUGAUCAAGGGAAAACUGUUUCCAUCAGCUCUACGCUGGAUAACAUCCCGACCUACAACAGCCAAUCAGAUUCCUUCCGACUGUGUUGACUUGGUGACAGAGGUACAAGGGUUCAAUGAUCUACAGAAGGAGGUGUACUUGAGGAAGAGAAUCAGUGAUGAGAACAUGGCCAGCAGAAUCAUUGAACACAUAAAGAUGUCAAGGAGCCUUCACAUCAUGUGUCACAUACCAGUCUUCAGUUGCAUUGCAGCCAAGGUUCUAGAGAGACUGUUGAGAGAAGCAAAGACUGGAGACAUGCCCAAGACUCUGACACAGAUGUACACACACUUUCUGGUGUAUCAGACCCAACCGAAGAACCAGAUGCAUCCAGGAGAUCACAAGAGAGAUCCACCCUGGGAUAAAGAGACCGUCCUGAAGCUGGGAAAACUGGCCUUCAAACAACUUGAAAAGGGCCAUCUGAUCUUCUAUGAGGAAGACCUGAGAGAGUGUGACAUUGACGUCACAGAAGCCUCAGUGUACUCAGGAGUGUGUACUCAGAUCUUCAGAGAGGAGCGUGGGCUGUACCAGCGGAAGGUGUUCAGUUUUGUACACCUGAGCAUCCAGGAGUUUCUCUCUGCUCUGUAUGUCUUUCUCACAUUCAAGACAAGUGGACACAAUCCUCUGGUCAAACAUGUGAAACAUUCAUUUUCACUGAAGAGCAAACCAGAGAUUGACUUACACAAGACAGCUGUGGAUCAAGCUUUGGAGAGUGAGAAUGGACACCGAGACCUGUUCCUCCGCUUCCUCCUGGGCCUCUCACUGGUAUCCAAUCAGGCUGUCCUACGAGGCCUUCUGACACAGACAGGAACGACCCCACAGACCAAUGAGGAGACGGUCAAGUACAUAAAGAAGAAGAUCAAGGAGAAUCCCUCACCAGAGAGGUGCAUCAACCUGUUCCACUGUCUGAAUGAGCUGAGGGACUGCUCUUUAGUGGAGGAGAUCCAAAGCUACCUGAGCUCAGGAGAUCUCUCCCAAGCCAACUUCUCAUCUACACAGUGGUCAGCUCUGGUCUUUGUGUUGCUGACCUCAAAAGAGAAGCUUGAUGUUUUUGACCUGAAGGAAUACUCCAGAUCAGAAGAAGGUCUUCUGAGACUGCUGCCAGUCAUCAAAGUCUCAAAAACAGCCUUGCUGAAUACAUGCCAUCUCACAGAGAGAUCGUGUGAAGAAUUGUCUAGAGCUCUGAGCUCUAACUCCAGCCACCUGACAGAGCUGGACCUGAGUGACAACAGCCUGCAAGAUACAGGAGUGAUGCAUCUUUGUGCUGGGAUGAGUCUCCACAGUAGACUGGAGACACUCAGGUUAAACAAGUGUUGCCUCACAGGGAAAUGUUGUGAAGUGCUGGCCUCAGCUCUCACCUCAAACACUCGCAUGAAAGAGCUGGAUCUAAGUAACAAUAAGCUGCAAGAUUCAGGACUGAAGCUGCUCCAUGCCGGACUAGAAAACAUUCAAGUGUUGAGGCUGAGUGCAUGUCAUCUCACUGAGAGAAGCUGUGAAGAGUUGGCAUCAGUUCUCUGCUGCCCUUCCUCCCACCUGAAGGAGCUCCAUGUGAGCAUGAACCACCUUCAGGAUUCUGGGCUGAUGCUGCUCUCUGCUGGACUGGGUAAUCCUCAGUGCCAACUGGAAAAACUGAGUUUGUGUGAGUGUCAAAUCACAGAGCAAGGCUGUAAGGCCUUGGCCUCUGCUCUCGUCUCAGAAUCCUCCCACAUGAGAGAGUUAAACCUAAGUGACAACAACCUGCAGGAUUCUGGUGCUAAACAGCUCUCUGCUGUUCUAGGGAGUCAACACUGUAAACUGGAGACCAUACAGUUGUCAUUCUGUGGUGUUGGAGAGGAAGGCUGUGCCUGUUUGGCUUCAGCUCUGAAGUCUAACCCCACCCACCUGACACAGCUGGACGUGAGUUAUAAUCACCCAGGAGACUCAGGACUGAUGCUGCUUUCCUCUGCACUAAAGGAUCCCAACUAUAAACUCCAAAUUCUCAGAAUUCAGCCUGCAGGGUUAUGCUGGUCAUUAAGAAGGAAUACCUGUAAUCUCACGCUGGACGUCAACACUUGCCACAGAAACCUGUCUCUGUCUGAUGGGGGCAGAAAGGUCACAUGGAAAGGAAAGAAGAAUUCCUAUUCUGAUGACCCCAAGAGAUUUACAGACUGGUCCCAGGUGCUGUGUAGCGAGGGCCUGACCGGGUGCUGUUACUGGGAGGUGGAAUGGAGUGGGUUAGGGGGCUUCAUCGGAGUGGCAUAUGAAGGAAUCAACAGGGCUGGGAAAUUGAAUGACAGUUUGAUGGGGCACAAUGAUAACUCAUGGUGUCUAAGCUGCUCUGGUCACACUUACACUGCUUGGCAUGGUAAUAUAAAGACUUGCAUAGACGUGCCGAUGUCCAACAGAGUCGGAGUGUAUCUGGACUGGCCGGCUGGCAGUCUCUCCUUUUACAGCAUCUCUUCUGAUACGUGCACCCUUCUAUACACAUUCCACUCCACAUUCACCAAGGCCAUCUACCCUGGGUUCUGGGUUUGGGAAAAAACAUCCAUGUCUCUAUGUUAGUCAUGCAGGAUUCAAAGAAAUGUGAGCGAUAUGAUUUGAUGAUUUGAGAUGAUAUGAUGAAAUUUGACUUUCUCUUAAGUCUUGUAGACAAGAACACACACAGGAAGGUGUUUUAUCUUAAAGUUAACAAUAAUACGUGUUCUGUAUUUGGAUUGUUUUUACUGUGAACAGACCAGUGGUUUCACUGCAAGCUGUAUGACAUUCCACCCACUAGAGGUCAUGUUUUUCUGAAAUGAAAGCUGUUGUCUUCAACUCCAGUAAAGUAGUCUGCAUUACCUCAUCUACCACUGAGUUGGUGCAUACUGAUGUACCGAAGACAUACUUUAUAUACUGUAAUUUCAUGAUAACAGUUGUAAUUAAUGGCCUCUCCACUGGAGAAAACUGUCACUGUCUAGCAUUAACUUGAGAGGUAGAGCUAAAGUGAAUUUCCCGUUCAUGUUUUCAAAUGUGGGUGGGACAACCUUUUUUAAUAACUGAGGAUGCUGCCGUUAAAUAUAAUUUUCUUAGUAAAAAGUGUGUGUGUGUGUGGGCGGGCAGGGGGCUGACAGAUUUCCAAGUCACAUACCUUGCAUUGGUUUAUUUAGCGGGCAGAUAAAAUUGUGUACUGAAUCUCAUCGAUUAUAGUGCAAUGUUAGAUUGUGAAUGUGAUGAGCAUUACUUCACAAUAUGGUUGACAUCAAAAGGCAUCUAUAAUUAUAGAGAAGGAAGACAAAUGUACUUUUUCUUAUACUUGCAUAUUGUAUUGUUUCAUUGUAAUUAUACCACUUAAUCACAUUUUAUUUAGUAGCGUUAUUAAUAAUGGACAAAGAACAAAGACACAAGCACAUCAAAGAAGCAAUACUUUAUUUCUAGUGCUGUACACUGAAGGGAAAAUAAACAUUGAUGGAAUGGUUUACCGUGUGAGUGAGAAAGGGUUUUACAUAUGUGAACAUAUCCAAACUGCGAUAGCUGACAUCACACAUUUUUACUGACUGUUGUUCUAGAAGGUCUGAGGGAGGAGGCCUGUCACUAACCUACACAACAUGUGCACUCAUACAACACUAGGAGCUACAUUAUACAGUAGAACACAUUUCUAAAGUGGGGUGAACUCCGUCGGAACAGCACAUUCUAAAUCAAUGUCACUAAAACGGUUUAAUUACAAAAUGUUCAAGUUGCAUCACAUUUGUUGUUUAUCUGAGAUCUGAACACAAACACAACAGACAUGUGGGCACUUAAUUUUCAUUUGGCAUCACAAAUAGAACCAUGAACUAUAGGGGGAGGAGGGUUAAAGUUGUAAAUGAAGAACAAUUUAAAUGUACAAAAUAGCUGAACUUGUCAUCAAAUUAUACGUCAAAAUAAACGUCUUGAUAAGUCAACGACAUUGAGAAACAAUAAAUAAUAAAACUGCCAUAUGAACAAGAGGCCAAUGUUUUGCAUGUUCAGUAAGUGGCUUUACAUUUUCUUGAAUUUAGUAA